CACACACAUGCUUUCUCUGACUGUGUAGUGCUUGGCCACACAGACAUUAUUCUUUAUGCAGUAACAGGUAGACAUCAUCUCUGUGCUGCUCAGAGGAGAGCAGAAGAGGGACCGGCGUUUUGGCUUCUUUUUUUUUUUUUAUAUGUGCGAAGUAAACUGUGAGAAAAGAAGCACAGGUGGAACAGGAGGAUAAGAGGAAGAAGAGGAAGGGGUCUUAGCUUCACCCCCUCUAAUGCUCCACUUGACAUCAUGCUGCUCUGUGUGGAUUUGGUCCUCAGGGGAAAAUCCUUAAAAUGAUGGAAGACAACAAACAGCUGGCACAGAGGAUUGAUGGGGCCAUCAAGUCCGCCAGUCAGGAAGUGACCAACCUCCGCUCCGAGCUCUCUGCCACCAGCCGCAGACUGGCAGAGCUGGGUGCCAGCAGCCCCCCUGCCUUGGAGAACCACCACCAGCACAACCACCACGAUGACAGCCUCCACUACCGGGAUCCAUCAGUGCAUCACAGACAGAAGACAGUGGUAACAGACAUGUGCUACCCGACAGAGAUAUCCAGCCUGAUGGACUUUGGCACACCAGACUGCUCACUAGGCAAAGUGUUGUUGCGUGAGGAGGUGGCCCAGCUUCAAGAGGAGGUCCACCUGCUCAGGCAAAUGAAGGACAUGUUAAGUAAGGACCUGGAAGAGACCCAAGGAGGCUGCUCUGCCAAUCUGCUCUCAGCCACCGAGCUCCGUGUGCAGCUGGGUGACAAGGAGCAGGAGUUGGACCGUGCCAAGGAGGCCUUACAAGCUAUGAAAGCUGACCGUAAGCGUCUAAAAGUGGAGAAGGCAGACUUAGUGAGUCAGAUGCAGCAGCUGUACACAACACUGGAGAGCAGAGAAGACCAGCUGCGAGAAUUCAUACGCAACUAUGACCAACACCGAAAGGAGAGUGAGGAUGCAGUGAAAGCCCUGGCCAAGGAGAAGGACAUGCUGGAGAGAGAGAAGUGGGACCUGAGGAGGCAGACCAAAGAAGCCACAGAACAGGCCAACAUACUGCGUUCUCAGAUGGACAUGAAGGAGAACAGGGUCAAAGAACUGGAGGCCGAGCUCACCAUGGCAAAGCAGUCUUUGGCCACUCUAACAAAAGAUGUACCGAAGCGCCACUCAUUGGCCAUGCCUACAGAGCCCGUGGUGAAUGGCAGUCAGGAGUGGGUGAUGCAGGCCGACCUGCCGCUUACUGCCGCCAUCCGUCAGAGCCAGCAGACCCUCUACCACGGACACACCACGGACAGACAGGCUGUGGUCAGGAUCAGCCCCUGCCACUCUCGCCAGCCCUCAGUCAUCUCUGACGCCUCGGCGGCCGAUGGGGACCGCUCAUCCACGCCCAGCGACAUCAACUCACCUCGUCACCGGACCCAUUCCCUCUGCAAUUCCAUGGAGGACCUGGAGGACCAGAAGCGUAAGAAGAAGAAGGAGAAGAUGACUCUGGGAUCCCUGUCACGGGUGUUCGCUCGGGGCAAGCAGCGCAAGUCAAUGGACCCCGGCCUGUUUGAUGGUACAGCCACCCCUGAUUAUUACAUAGAGGAGGAUGCCGACUGGUGAUGCUGAGAGCGUGAACGUGUGUGUGUGCGUGUGUGAAAUUUGUGUGGAUAUCCACACAAUGGCUUUAACUGUGUGUAAUGAGUGUGUGUGUGGGUAUGUCUGGAGGGGGGAGGGAGGAUUUUAAAAGAAUAGCCUAAAUGAGACUGCUAUGCCCAUAAAUGUACAGUAUAUUACUCUUAAAUUGUAUGUUUGUAAAUUAGAUAUAUAUUUAUAGAUGUACAUGUAUGCAUAUGUAUAUAUGUUUACAUGCAUAUAAAUAUAUACAUGGGGUUAUAAUUAUGUGUAGACAUGUUUAUGCUGUAUUAUCUUCAAAAUGUCUUAAUGUUUUAUGUUUUUUUUUAUAACUGGAGACUUGAAGGACUGCUGUUCAUAUGUAAAUAGGAGUUAUUGUGAAACUAGUGUUUUUACUGUAAAUGUCAUUUGGCUUUUGUUACUUUACAGUUGCUUUUAUCAUGCUUUGCAACAUUGAUUUCAUAGUUUCUUCUUGUUUCCAAUCUUACUUGGCCCAUUUCUCUCCAUAUAGGAGGGGAUAUUCCCUGAUUGGCUUGAAAAAUGAAUCUCUUGGAGGUUUAUUGGCCAAAUUCUGUUGUUUCUAACCGCUUGCUGAUAUAAAAAAUAGUACUUUGUUUGAGAGAUAUUGCUGGUGCAGGAUUGUCAUCUUGAUCAUUUUAUACAUUGUGGCUCACAGUAUUUGCUGAUAAAACAUAUCACAAUGCGGGCAGCCGGGAGUUGAGGUCUCCUCAUCCAUUUUAUGCUAAAAACUAUAUUCUCAGUUACUAUAAUUAAUGACUGGCUAGCAAGGGUCUUAGAGUCAGUCUUCCCUAAGAAAAUGUAAUUGUACAGACCUGAAUGCACAAACAAAAAAUUACAGUGAUGCAUAUUCAGGCACACCUCUCGCCUGCUGUUGAAACCAUGUGCAAGUGCCAAAGGUUAAAUGUCAUCUUUAGAAAAUCUGCGUAUCAUUCUGUCACUGUUAGCGCUAGCCUCGUAACAUUGUUUGUCUGACUCAUUUCUUACUGAGAGCUAUCUAACAUGUGCCAACAUGUGACAAAGGAAUGUGCAUGAUCCCUCUGUGUUGCUUUGAUUAGAUGUUCAUUCAUUGCCAACCAAAUUAAUAAUCUCCACAAUCCUGUGUUGCUCCUGUGUUGCCUUUUCCCUUUUAUCGAGUUAUCUUUCCUUGCAUUAUGAAUGCACGGUCCCUCUUAUUUAUUUAUUCUUUUUUUUUGUUGCUGUUUUUGUUUUGCUUUCUGUAGAAUCCCUCCUCAUUUAUUGCAAAUGUGGCUCUAAUAAUUAUAUGUCAAAUGCUUUGUAAUUUAGGAGAUGUUCCAUAAAAGAUUAAAAUUUAUUGAAGUAUUUUAUUUAAAAAAUAAGACAAACAAGACUUAAUUUCAAAUAUUUAUCUGCUGCAGCUGUUGCAGCCAGAUGUUGAGGAGGUUUUAGCAUUUUCAAAAUGAAUUAUAAUUGAAAUGAAAUCUUAUUUUAAAAAUAAAACUAGUAACUGAAUACAUCCUAUGUGGCAGUUUUCUGUUCCAUGAGUAAUCUUGUUCUUGUGUCCCAGUCUAACGUGUCUCUCCCUCUCCUCCUGCCAUUUCUAAUGGCAACUCUCUCCUGCCAGUGAGUAACUCCUCAUCUGUGAUUACCAGCUGUCUGUUUCUGCACUCUGGGGAUUAUUCAUAUCACUCAGGUCCAUUGGAAAAACAAUCAAGUUUGUGUCAUUUAUUUUGUGGAAACUCUUUUAAAAGAGAUGGUGGACUUUGCAUGCAGCAUUUCUGUCAGCAUGUGGGGACGAAUCAGGUAAACACACAGAGUUCAUCCUGGAUUCGUCGGUUCAGUGUGAAUCCAUGUUUUCCUGUGGUUGAGAUGAGCGGUUAAUGGGCAGAAGCAUGAUGUUUUAUGAAUAAUCCCUGUGUCUCUAAUACAUUAUCCUAAUGGUCUGAAGUCCCCUCAUGAUCAUCAGAUACCUCGUAUUUUAACAACUUUACUAAACACAGUACUGUAGUAUUACAAGUUAAGGGACUGCUAUACUCUCAUGAAGAAAUAAAUGAAAUAAUAUUUAUUUAAACCUUCUAAUAUAGUCUAGUUCAUUCAAAGACACAGGAAGUGUAGCUCCAGUGAAUUAUUUUGGCUCCAUCUAGUGGCCAUGUAGUGCAAUUGCCAAACAUUUUAUGUGAAUAUUGGUAAAAGGAAAGGGUUAAAACUAUUUUCCAUGCAGUUGACUAAUGACUCUGACUUGAUUGAUGUUAGUAAACACAAGAAGGAGCCAUAAAGGCAUAUUUCUGUUGUUGCUAUACAACAGAGAUUCUGGCAUUUAGUAUAACAUCCAGUUUCUUGCUUGGUAUGGUUACACACUGAUGUGGAGGUGUAUUUUUGAUGCAAAUACCCUCCAUUUCUGAUGUUACUCUGUCUCUAGAUGAGUCAUUUUUUUGAUUUCCAUAUCCCUCUGACCCUGAACCCCCUCCUGUAUGCCACACCAUAACUUCUCCUGACC